AUGCGUGGCGUUGUCGGACUGGGGCAGGCAUACAAUGUCUCCGUUAUCGACGUACCUAUUCCUACCAUCCUCAAUGCAACUGACGUCAUUGUUCGUAUGAAUAUGAGCGCAAUCUGCGGAUCGGACAUGCAUUUCUAUCAUACCGAGUCAGGGUCGCCGGAAUCACCGUGGUACUAUGGUCAUGAAGGUAUCGGCUACGUUACCGAGAUCGGUGACGCUGUGCAGUUCUUGAGCGUCGGCGACUAUGUGGUCAUCCCCGACAACGUCGACAGCGGACACUACACUCCGGGGCCGAACAUUUUCGAUCCGUCUUUGACCUUUGGCGCAGGACCGGAAGGAUUGGACGGAAUGCAAACGGAUUACACAAGAGUACCGUUUGGAGAUAGGUCUUUGAUACCUGUACCUGUCAAUGCCAGCACCGACGAGUCAACCCUGAUCGACUACUUGUUCGUUUCGGAUAUCUUUGCGACCGCUUGGAGUGGAGUCACCUUCUCUGGAUUUGUCGAAGGAGACACUGUUGCCGUCUUCGGAGCUGGACCCGUAGGUCUUUUGGCAGCCUAUUCUGCGAUACUUCGCGGGGCAUCUCGAGUCUACAUUGUAGAUCAAGUGCAAAGCCGCCUGGACCUUGGCGCGUCGAUUGGUGCCAUACCUAUCAACUUUCGAGACUCAGAUCCUGUUGAACAAAUCCUGGCAAGAGAACCUGGUGGUGUAAGGCGGACUGUGGAAGCUGUUGGUUUUGAAGCGGUCAAUGCGACUGGCCAAACCGAUUCCAGUAUCACUCUACGCAACAUGGUAAACGUCACGGCGGCUAAGGGGGGUAUGGGAGUACUCGGAGUAUUCCCGGAGGGGAUCAACAACUUCGAUAUUGGAUUGGCGUAUCAAAAGCAGGUUAACGUGCAUGGAGGCGUUGUUAUUCCUCUAGAAGUUGCAUCGGAGAUACUACCUCUGAUUAUUUCCGGCCGGGCGAAGCCAAGCUUCAUUGUCAGCAGCAUCAUCGGCAUCGAAGAGGUUCCCGAGUACUUUGCUCGAUUCAGCAGACACGAGGAAACCAAGGUUGUGAUCAGACUAUGA